AUGGUGUGUGUCUGGCUCCCCAAGGGCAUCUGGAUAGGAGUUCUGGCUGUGCCCCUGCUGGUGCUGGUUUCCCAGGUGGCUGCAGGCAGACAGGUCCCAGAGCACUUCACUGAGUAUUCUACAUCUGAGUGUUACUUUGUGAAUGGGACGGAGCGCGUGCGGUAUAUGGACAGAUAUUUCUAUAACCGGGAGGAGUACGUGCGCUUCGACAGCGACAUCGGGGAGUACCUGGCGGUGUCGGAGCUGGGGCGGGGAAUUGAUAACUACCUGAACAGCCAGAAGGAGAUCCUGGAGGACAGACGGGACUCAGUGCACACUUUCUGCCGGCACAACUACAAGGUGUUUGAUCCCUUCCUAGUGCCCCGGCACGUUGAGCCUGAGGUGACUGUGUAUCCAUCCAAGAUGGCUCCCCUGGGACACCACAACCUGCUUGUCUGCUCUGUCACUGGUUUCUACCCUGGGGACAUUGAGGUCAGGUGGCUCCUGAAUGGGCAGGAGGAGACAGCUGGGGUUGUGUCCACAGGCCUGAUCAGCAAUGGAGACUGGACCUACCAGGUCCUGGUGAUGCUGGAGAUGACCCCCAGGCGUGGGGAUGUCUACACCUGCCACGUGGAGCACUCCAGCCUGCAGAGACCUGUCACCUUGGACUGGAAAGCACAGUCUGGAUCUGCCCAGAGCAAGAUGCUGAGUGGAGUCGGGGGCCUCGUGCUGGGACUGAUCUUCUUUGGGGUUGGCCUUGUUGUCCACAGGAGGAGUCAGAAAGGAAAUCAGGUUUCACAGCCAGCAGGGCUCCUGAGCUGAUCUCUGAGGCUGUGUCCCCUGGAG